UACCCGCUUAAUAAACAUUGGGUUUUCGUCGACCGAAGUAGGUGGAACGUUUGACACUUGCGCUUAUUGAUUUUGCUUUCCGCAAAGUUAAUUUUUAGAGAGUUUUUUGCAUCGUGUCCCCGUAUUCCGAUUGGUGUUUCGAUUCUGUACACCUCAAUAUCGCAGAAGUGAUAACAGUGGUGAUAAUUGUUGGCUUGUGAUGCGUGCAUACUAAGGCAACGGAACGCCAUCACGACGUGAUUCCGUGAGUGAUGAAAUGAUGAGCUGUAAAUAGUGUUGCGGUGUGUUAAAUCAUCUCGUGCGGUUUGCUCUGGUCCCCGGUACGGUAGACCUAGUGCACAUUGCUGUAACUGCAUCUCAAGUGUCUCAGUUUUGUGUCAGGCGUGCAAGUCCAUACCCAUCAGUGCAACGCAAGUGUGCCCCAGUGAACCAGUAUAGUGUUUGUUCCGUUCGUUUCAACCGGGCCCCGGCUACAGCACCAUGGAGAUAGUGCGGGCCGUUUCGGACACGUUCUGGUCGACGAAAGUGUGGCUGCCACCGAACACCACCUGGGAGGACAUCCGGCCGGGUGUGCGAUCGGACGUGAACCAUGCCGACUACCGGCACCUGAUCUAUCCGAUUCCGAUAGCAGCGGUGAUAAUUGUGCUACGUUGGGUCGUGGAACGAUAUUGGAUUGCACCGAUCGGUAAGGCGAUCGGUAUUAAGAGCACCGGACCAAAGCCACCGAGACCAAAUAAAGUCCUGGAAGCGGCAUACAAUGUCAACAGCCGGCUUAAUCACAAAACGAUCGUGCGGCUGGUGAAGCAGGUGGAUAUGACAGAGCGACAUAUCGAGUACUGGUGGAGACGUCGCCGGGCACAGGAUAAACCAACGACGCUGGUCAAGUUUUGCGAAACGUCCUGGCGGUGCAUCUACUACACGUACAGCUUCAUCUUCGGUUGUAUCGUCAUGUACGAUAAGCCAUGGCUGUGGGAAAUCAAACACUGCUGGUAUGGCUACCCGCACCAAUCGGUCACAAAUGAUAUCUGGUGGUACUACAUGAUCUCGAUGGCCUUCUACUGGUCGCUGACGGCCUCCCAGUUCUACGAUGUAAAGCGAAAAGAUUUCUGGCAGAUGUUUGCCCACCACAUGAUCACGAUACUGCUGAUGGCGCUCAGCUGGAUGUGCAACCUGCAUCGGGUCGGUUCGCUUGUGCUUUUGGUGCACGAUUGUGCAGACAUUUUCCUGGAGUCCGCUAAACUAACGAAGUACGCACAGUAUCAGAAAGUGUGUGACACGAUCUUUGCCAUCUUCACCGUUGUGUGGAUCGUGACGAGAUUGAUUCUCUAUCCACGAAUCAUCUACAGCUCGUCUGUGGAGGCGCCACAGAUUCUACCAAUGUUCCCCGCGUACUACAUCUUCAACACGCUGCUAAUACUGUUACUGGUGCUGCACAUAUGCUGGACCUAUCUGAUUAUGCAGAUUGUGAUCAAGGCAAUCAAAUCAGGACAGAUGGAAGGUGAUGUGCGGUCCAGUUCCAGCGAGGAAAUCUCCGACAGUUCGGAAAAUUCUCGCCCACUCCUAACGAACGGUGGUACACCGAAGAAGCAGCUGAGCAAGAACGGCACGACAAAGACGGGCAGUGUCGGUGCUUCCCCGAAGAAGAAACAAUAAAGUGUGUUGCGAUGACCUUUGUUAGGUGUUAGGCAUGUGACCACUCAUCACCUAGAAGCGCAUCACGUGUAAACGUACCAUAAGAUAGGCUGCAAGGAAAACAAAUUAUUCUGGGGCGGGGGACGGUAACGGUUAAACAACAAAAUAGGGGUGAAAUCAAACAUCCACAUUUCUAUGUCAUAUUUGUGUUGUAUCUGCUAAAGCUAACAAUGAGCAUCUAAUAUUGCUGCUAUAAUACAACAUGAAUUCCUUGUAAUAUCGAUUUCCCUAAAGGUUUAGGUCGGAAAGCGAAAUUCAAACGUUUGCCUCGUUUAAAGGUACUAUUUAAACUGGCCACCAUCAUUUGGUGCAACCGAACCGGGCGACGGUUCCAUACAUGGUACAGAGUAGUGAAAUUUAAGAAGGAAACAUUUAAAGCUAACAUAAAAGCAAAUCCAGUUUUUCAUGAGUAUAUUUUUGUUUGUUCGUUUUUCUUUCCUGCUAUAGAAUACAUUUAAGCGAUAGAAAUAGAGUUAAAAUAAUUGAUGAAAAUCCUUCCAUGCGUUGAAGGUUGGAUUAUGAAUGCAGUGCUUUCGUGCGUGUAAUGACGGAAAUCAUGUUUGUACGAACAAAUAGUUUUUAGGAAGAAAAGGAAAUCAAAGGAAAUGAAAAGGAAAAAAAGUCGAAAAUGCAAAAAACUAGACAUAAGUAUUUAUUAGCUAAGGAAAAACUAGAAAGAAAUACACGAAAACGGUGUGUGAAAGAAGAAUAAGUGAUUGAAUGUAAAAGGAAACAAAACCACAACAAAAAAAAAACAAAUGGCGGAACGUUUGAUCGGUACAGGGUGAAUUAGCAAUGGGAGAAGCAAGUUAAAGUUGCAGAAAUCACAGGCCUGUUUGUGUUAAAGCAAACUUUCUCGUUUUGGGAGAGGAUACAAAUAAUAAAUAAUUUGAACGUGAUGAUGAAAAGAAAAUGAGAUAUAAAAAAAACAUACAAUUUUGCGGUACGUUUUACACUGUUUGUGUGGUAUACGGCCACACAAAUUCACGUUUGUCACUUGGUUGUCUUGGUAUGUCUUUUUAUGGGUAAUAAUUUGGCUGGAAUGGGUGUUUUGAGAGAAAGAUAAAUCUAAAAUGGCGAUACAUUCCGUAAACCGCCUCCUCCAGCUGGCUGUUUCCAGAGCAUUAUACAUUUGAAAAAAAAAACAAAUAUUGCAUUUGGGUUAAUGGAUUUUGUGACAGAAAGUUGACAAACCCAUCAACUCAAUGCUUUUGUUCGGUAUGUUAUCGUGUGUAGAUGGUUUUAAGGGGUAAGGAAAAACUGAAUUUGCCGUUAUAUAAAGCAAACGAAAAGGCGAUUGUGCUUCGUAAAUCAUGGAAAAGUCUAACCGAUGCUUAGCUAAAUACUCGACAAAUCCCGGUUGCUGAUGUGUACUGCUGGAAAUAUCAUUCUUUAACAUUACUUUACUAAAGCAUUAUUAGAUGGCAUGGGGUUUUACUCCCUUUUCCCCCAAAAUACUAUAUGUACAUGCAAACGAGAAAUAUCUCAAUGGCGAACUUCAUCGAUCAUGUCGGAUCAAUGUGUAGCUUAUUUUGAGCAGGAAACAGGCCAGAUCGUUAUUGUGUUUUCUUGUUUUACCAAAGUUUAUUAUUUAUGAAGCAAAGAAUGUCUUUUGAAAAACAAAUCCAGAAGAGAUGUAACACAAAAAUUUAGCGAAAAUGUACAUCUUGGUGUUAUGUUUCACGUUCUUCAUUUCCUUUAGUACCAGUACCAUGAGAUUUUGUACGUAGAUGAGGUGUCCUGUGCUUCAAAAAUAUAUCCUGUAUAAGACUGCUUAGCAGAGUGAAGAUGGAUGAGUUGGGUUGGCGACGGGAUGGGAAGGAAAUCGAAACAUUGCAACACUUGCAAAUGCGAUGGGUGAUAAUGGGGGCGUGCGAAACGGAGACAACAAAACAAAACAAAAAGCUGUAGAUAAUAGUAAAAAUUUUAUAAUCCUUACGAACUCACUAUAUGAUGAUGGAUGAAAGUCCUUCAUUUUCGAAAAAUCUUCGCUUGAGUGUCCUUACGGAAAAUGUACCGAAUCGUACAUUUUAACCUGUGUUAUUUUUUUGCUCGUACAACUAAUAUUACUCAACAAGGCCGGUAUAACUAAAUAAAGCAGCAACAAAUAAAACACACUUCCCGGUCCGUUCCAAACUCCAUCAAAAUUUUGCAAUCGUUCCCCUCGUUCGUACGUUGACGGUUGCUUUUCUUAGUGUUCGCUCGUGCAUAACGAUUUAAUCGGAAAGCGAAUCCAUUUACCAGCUAAUUUAUAGAUAAAUGUUCACAAGCGCAUUAUUAACAAACGUGUAAUAAAACAAACCAUAAGUAAAUCCACUUCUUUCACCUGUUUGCUAGAAAAAGGGGCCUGUUGGUUUGAUAUAUAGGGGAAGGUGAAAUGUUUAGCGAAACACGCAUCACGGCAAAAAACAGUGAGUCAAUAGUUAAAACAAAAUAAAACCUGUUUCGUGGGAACAAAAUAAA